AAAGUUAACUGGUCACGAGGUUGAAUCAUAUACAACUGUCAGAAACAAAAAAAAAUAUGAAAUUAUGUUGAAAUACUGGGUGCCGUGCGCCGUGGUCGCCAUCAAGGCGCUUAUAUUUAUCAUCGACAUUGUAACACUUCCGGUAUAUUUUGUAUUGCAGGCGCCGUGGAAGCGUGGACAGGAAGCGAAGCGCAUAAAGGCAAGGAUCAUUAAGAAUGAGAAGACUGAGCUAACAUAUCGGACAACGGAGCCGCCACGGUCUGUGCAUGUGAAGAUGCUCCAGGAGAACAUUGACACGCUGGAGAAGGUCUUCACUUACGUGGCCAAAACGUAUCAGAGCAAGCGCUGUCUGGGCACGCGCCAGAUACUAAGCGAGGAGGACGAGCCGCAGCCAAACGGACGCAUCUUCAAGAAAUACAACUUGGGCGAAUACAAAUGGAAAAGCUUCAUCGAAGCCGAGCGCCUGGCGGCCAGUUUCGGACGUGGCCUGCGGGCACUGGGCCAGUCGCCACACCAAAAUAUUGUCAUCUUUGCCGAGACGCGCGAGGAGUGGAUGAUCGCCGCCCAGGGCUGCUUCAAGCAGUCUAUGCCCAUUGUCACCGUCUACGCCACGCUGGGCGACGAUGGCAUCGCCCACUGCAUCACGGAAACGGAAGUGACCACUGUCAUCACCUCCCACGACCUGCUGCCCAAGUUCAGGACGCUGCUCAACAAAUGCCCCAAUGUCAACACAAUUAUCUACAUGGAGGACCAGCUGCACAAGACCGACAUAGCCGAUCUUAAGGAACAUGGAAGUGUCAAGAUAAUGCCCUUCUCCAGCGUCAUCAAAAAUGGCAGUGUCCUCAAAUGCGAGAGCGUCCCACCCAAGGCAGAUGACAUUGCCAUAAUUAUGUACACGUCUGGCUCAACUGGCACCCCGAAGGGCGUAAUAUUAUCGCACAAAAACUGCAUCGCGACCAUGAAGGGCUUUUGCGAUAUGGUGAACAUAUAUCCGGAGGAUGUGCUGAUCGGGUUCUUGCCCUUGGCGCACGUAUUCGAGCUGCUGGCGGAGAGUGUUUGCCUAAUGACUGGCAUCUCGAUUGGCUACUCGACGCCGCUAACACUGAUUGACUCAAGCAGCAAGAUCAAGCGCGGCUGCCUGGGUGAUGCUUCCGUGCUGAAGCCCACAUGCAUGACCUCGGUGCCACUAAUAUUGGAUCGCGUCUCGAAGGGCAUCAACGACAAAAUCAACUUGAGUUCGCCGAUCAAGAAGGCGCUGUUCCAGCUGGUCUACCAUUACAAGGUCAAGUGGAUACGACGUGGCUUUCAAACGCCGCUAAUUGACAAGCUGUUCUUCAAGAAAGUGGCCCAACUGAUGGGUGGCAAGGUGCGCCUCAUUAUGUCCGGCGGCGCUCCACUCUCGGCCGACACACACGAACAGAUCAAGACAUGCCUCUGUGUGCAUUUGAUCCAGGGUUAUGGCCUGACCGAGACCACAUCCGCGGCCACUGUGAUGGAUAAUUUUGAUAUGAGCUAUGGACGCACUGGCGGACCGCUGACCAUUUGCGACAUACGGCUGGUUAACUGGGAGGAGGGCAACUAUCGUGUCACCAAUAAGCCCCAUCCGCAGGGCGAGGUUCUCAUCGGUGGCGAAUGCGUCUCCCAGGGCUAUUAUAAACUGCCCAGCAAGGCUGGCGAGGACUUUUUUGAGGAGGAGGGACAACGCUGGUUCAAGACUGGCGACAUUGGCGAAAUCCAUCCCGAUGGCGUCCUCAAGAUUAUUGAUCGCAAAAAGGAUCUGGUCAAGCUGCAGGCCGGCGAGUAUGUCUCCUUGGGCAAGAUCGAAACGGAGCUCAAGACCUGCGGGGUCAUUGAGAACAUUUGUGUCUAUGGGGAUUCCACAAAACAAUUCACCGUCGCCCUCAUUGUGCCCAAUCAGAGCCAGCUUGCACAGCUGGCCGCACGAAUUGGGCUCUCAAACAAAUCCUUCAACGAGCUGUGCUCCUCGCCUAAAAUGAUAGAUGCCAUGCUCAAGGAAAUCGGCGAGCAUGCCCGCAAAUGCAAGCUACAAAAGUACGAGGUACCCGUGGCAGUUACCCUCUGCAAUGAGGUCUGGUCCCCAGACAUGGGUCUGGUUACGGCCGCCUUUAAGCUGAAGCGCAAGAAUAUCCAGGAUAAAUACCAAAAGGAUAUCAAUAGAAUGUAUGCCUCAUGAAUGCACCAUGUGCUGACCUAAAAUUAAAUUGUUGUAGCAGAAAACACACGCACACGCACACACACUCACAGAUACAUUUACAUUUUAAUAUGCACAUACACACUUAAACACAUACAAUAGUCUGCAAAGAGAAAGUUUUCAGUAUUUAGAAAUUCAUUUUAGUUGCUCUCAUUUCAAGUUUAGUUUAUGUAUAUAACAAG